AGGACAACCCCACGCCCCUGGCCAUGCCCAGCAGCCGCUCCCCCUACCUCCAUCCCCCCACCGCAUCCUUGUGCUGCAGCUGCCAUGGGCUCCCGGCACUUCCCGGCCCGGACCGUGCUGUUCGAGAAGGAAUCCAGCGGUGUCACGUACCGUGUGCCCGCCCUGCUCUACCUGCCCUGCGUGGCCAAGCUGCUGGCGUUCGCCGAGGAGCGGCUCAGCGCCGACGAUGCCCACGCCAACCUGCUGGUGCUGCGCCGCGGCUCCAUCUACGGCAGCUACGUGGAGUGGGAAGACAUGCGUGUGCUGGAGACGGCAACGCUGCAGCACCACCGCUCAAUGAACCCCUGCCCGCUCUACGAUGAGUUCACGGGCACCCUCUUCCUCUUCUUCAUCACGGUGCUGGGCAGGACGCCCGAAGCCUACCAGAUUGUCACUGGCCAAAACGUCACCCGCCUGUGCUGUGUCACCAGCGCUGACCAGGGCCUGAGCUGGAGCACAGCCACAGACCUGACACAGCAGGUCAUUGGUGCCACCAUCAAAGACUGGGCGACAUUCGCGCUGGGCCCCGGGCACGGGAUCCAGCUGCGCUCCGGCCGGCUGCUGGUGCCCGCCUACAGCUACCACAUCGACUGCAAGGAGUGCUUCGGGCAGCUCUGCAAGACCACCCCGCACUCCUUCGCCUUCUACAGCGACGACCACGGCCGCGCCUGGCGCUUCGGGGAGUUCAUCCCCAACCUGCAGACGGGCGAGUGCCAGCUGGUGUCCGUGGAUGAGGAGGACGGAUCCAACGUCCUCUACUGCAACGCCCGCAGCCCCUUGGGCUUCAGGGUGCAGGCGCUCAGCACGGACGAUGGGGCCGUGUUCCACGGCGGGCAGCUGGUGCAGCGGCUGGUGGAGCCGCCCCACGGCUGUCACGGCAGUGUCAUCGGCUUCCCCGCGCCGCUCGUGUACGUCCCCGCCGCCUCCCGGGACACCGGGAUGUCCCCCCGGGGCUCGGUGUGCCGGCGGCUUCCCGGGGCGCUCCGGGGGCUCGGACAGGCAGGAGGCGCUGAGCUGCCCGCCGGCAGCCACCGGGAGCCAGAUGAGCCCCCGACCCCCGGCCGCACUCCCUUCUUCCAAGCACCGACGUGGAUCCUGUACUCCCACCCCACCAGCUCCAUGUCGCGGGUGAACAUGGGGGUUCACCUGAGCACCUUCCCCAGGGACGCAGAGAGCUGGACAGAGCCCUGGGUCAUCUACGAGGGCCCGAGCGCCUACUCGGACCUGGCGUACCUGGAGCUGCCCUACAGGGACGCGCCGGUGGCCGGCGGCACGGCCAUCGCCUUCGCCUGCCUCUAUGAGAACGGGAUGAGGUCUCCCUACGAGCAGAUCUCCUUCAGCAUGUUCACGCUGCACGACGUGCUCCAGAACAUCCCCCUGACAGCCGCUGCUCCCCGGCGGGGCCGCGGGAGGAAGAGGAGGAGGAGGAGGAGGAGGAGCUGCCUCGUCUCCUAGAGCCCGCCCAGGUCAUCUCCCCCCAGGGCU